CUUAUUUCGAACAAGAAAAUUUAGUCAUUACAAUAACAAAGAAUUCAAUUAAAGACCUUACUUUCAUAGCUGCAUCCUCUUGAUACAGAAGGGCAAAAUGGGAAAAAAAGUCAGAAUCAUCUGAACCUGAUGCGAGGAGCAACAACGCACUUGUGGCAAGGGAGGCAGAAGCUCUGCGGAAGAGUGGGUGGUGGAAUGCCUCUAUCAACGGUGUUGCAGAACAUUGUAGCUGGCCUGUUUUCUUCCUUCCCGAACCUUGUUUGCCUUGACCUUAGCCAUCAGGGACUCAAUGGGAUCAUCCCACCACAAAUCGAUGAUCUUGUAAGACUCGAGCACCUUAAUCUGUCGAAGAACGAUCUAACGGGUACAUUGCCAUCUUCACUUGGAAAUCUCACUCAAUUACGGAUGCUUGAUGUAUCUUUCAAUUAUAUAGAUUCCAUCUCCUCAAAAUUCGGAAAUUUGAAGAAUCUUGUUUCUUUGAAUAUGACUCGGAACAAUCUCACUGCAUCCAUUGCUCCAAUUAUAGGCCUUCUGACCAAUCUUUCCUACUUGGAGUUGGCCGAAAAUCCUUUCCAUGGUUGUAGUAUCCCUCCGGAAAUAUGGAACUUGAAGAGUCUUGUAGCCUUAGACAGAAAUCUCAGGGGCUCAAUUUACUUUGAAUGGAACCAUUACAAACUAGUUGCUAAUGGAGGGAAAAACAUGCUUCAUGGAUUUAGUGAUGUUAUUUGGAAAGUGAAGAAGUACAAGAACAAGGGCCAUGCUUCUUCUAUUGUCUUCAGCUAUCACAGUCACAGCUAUGAGGGCGAAGAAGUUGAGUGUCAACAUGAAACGCAAAGCCUUCAAAAGGCUGCACCAGUGAAUCUAGCCCAACACACAUACUGGAACCUGGGUGGCCACAACAGUGGGGAUAUCCUAUCCGAAGAAGUCCAGAUUUUCGCAUCCAGCUAUACACCUGUGGAUAGCAGCCUUAUCCCCACUGGCAAAAUUGCAAGUGUGAAGGGAACUCCAUAUGAUUUCCUCAACUCCCAUACCAUCAAAAGCACAAUCAAUAAACUUCCUAAUGGUUAUGAUAUUAACUAUGUUCUUGAUGGUACUCCUGGCAAAUUGAGGAAAGCAGCAGUGGUGAAGGACAAGAAAUCUGGAAGAGUGAUGAAGCUAUACACAAAUCAGCCAGGUGUGCAGUUCUAUACCGGAAACUAUCUUAAGGAUGUGAAGGGGAAGGAUGGAUUUGUCUAUCAAGCUCAUGCAGGUCUGUGCUCGGAAACUCAAGGGUUCCCUGACUCCGUGAAUCACCCCAACUUCCCUUCACAGAUUGUCAACCCCGGCAAGACAUACAAGCACCAUAUGUUGUACAAGUUUUCAGUUGAGGCCUAAACAAAGGAUACCAAGUCUUGUUCCAUGACCACUGAGAUGCUUGCUUGUAUUUUUAAGUCUAAUGGUUUCUAGUGUAACCUCAUGAGACUUUGGAGCAAAAGAUGUACUUCAGACCCUAAUAAGAUGCUGCCCUUUAA